AUGCCCUUCCCUCUGAAGAUCCAGCCGAUCGACGCCAAGGGGGCGGCCUUUCCCUCCGAAGUCUCCAAAUCUGCCCCUGCCCCCAAGUUUCGACUGAAGAAGCUCUUCGAGCGGCAGUUCACGGCGGCGCUGAGGUAUUCUUCCAUCGAGAAGGUUCCUGCCGGCUACGGUGACGGAAAGGAGAGGGAACCAUCGUCCGAGCUCGAGCCAAGCUCGCUAUGCCUCGCCAGGAUGGUUCAGAGCUUCAUGGAGUCGGGGCCGAACGAACGACCGGCGCCGCCGCCGAGGUGCGGUCGCCGCCGAUGCAACUGUUUCAACGGCAACUGCGACGAUCUCUCCGACGACGACCUCGACUUUGGGGACAUCUUUCCCUCCGCCGCCUCCUCCCACGGCGAUGCCGUUGAGCUCCUCAAGGUACUCCUCUCUCUUUCUCUCUCUCUCUACACUCCGGAAUGAUUGGUUUCCGUGACCCGAUGAGUCUGAAUGCGGGACGGGGAAGUACGUUGAUCUGCUGCGUCUGUUCAUCUUCGAACUGGUUGGUGGUGAUGAUGGGCAGAGCCUGGUUCCCUGCGCGAGCAUGGCGGAGAGGAACCUCCUGGCGGACGCCUCCAAGAUCAUGGAGAAAAGCAGCAACAGAGCGUGCUGUGGCGGGAGAGGAACCCGAGGCGGCGGGGACUGCAGGAAGAUCGUCGCCGACGGCCUCGCAGCCCUCGGACACGACGCCUCUAUCUGCCUCUCCCGCUGGGACAAGUCCCCUUCCUUCCCCGCAGGUGAGCCCCCAUCUCCUCGUCCUCCAUCUCUUGAUCUUCUUCUUCCUCUCUCCCUCCCUUCCUUCUAUCCGUCCGAGCUGGACCUCGAUCUGAGAGGAGUCUCCUCCGAUCCGCAGGGGAAUACGAGUAUCUUGACGUGAUCGUCAACGGCGGCGGGGAGAGGCUCAUCGUCGACCUGGACUUCCGAUCUGAGUUCGAGAUCGCCCGCUCCACCAAGUCCUACCGCGCCGCUCUGCAGGCACUGCCGAUGAUCUUCGUGGGGCGGGAAGAUCGCCUAGUCGAGAUCAUCACCGUCAUGUCGGAGGCUGCUCGCCAGAGUUUGAAGAAGAAGGGCCUUCACGUCCCUCCAUGGAGGAAGCCCGAGUACAUGCGGGCCAAGUGGCUCUCCCCCUCCCGCCGCCUCUACCCUCCUCCUCCUCCUCCGCCGCCGCCGCCGUCGGUCCAGACAAACGGCGGCGGCGACGACUCCGGCGACGGCAGAUGCGGCGAUCAGUCCGUCCAGCCCCCCUCCGCCACCGUCUCCGGCGAGCUCGAGCUGCGAUGCGAGGAAUCCGGCCAGCCCGUCGCGUCCCCGCCACCCUCUCCGGCGGAGACCGAGGCGGUGGCGGCGCUCCCCCCGCCGUCUCCGGCGAGACGUCUGCCGGCGGUCAACCCCAAGCAGGCGGCGCCCCCCCCUCAGAAAGGCGGUCCCUGGGUGGUCACCGGCCUUGCCUCCAUAGUCUCAGACCUCCACCACUACUAA